ACUUCACAAGCGAAAAAAAGCCUGCAGACCACAACGUCCCCGAGUCCCGGUGGCACCGCUUCGUCGGGUAGAUUUGGAUUUUUCAUUUCUGCUUUCUCCGAACCCCGUUGUGCGGCAGAGCAGCUGGGCAGCCCAGCAGAGCGGGUGCCCCCACGGGCCGCAGCGGGCCGUGCCGGGCAACUCCAGCCCCGCACAGCCGGGAGCCGCAGCGAGGCCAUAAACAAACAGCUGCGGAGCGCCGGGUGAUACGGCAGCGGGGAGCUCCGCACUGCCUUGAGCCAGCCGCAGCCGGGGACCCGCAGCCGGGCGCGGAGCUCUGCAGCCGCUGCGGGGCUGACUCGGCUUGGCGUUCGGGCACCGGCUGCAGGCGAGGUCUCCCCCCCUCCCCCCCCCUCCCUCCGCCGCUCCUCUCCUAUCAGGCUCGGGGGGGGCAUCUGCGGGCGGUGCGGAGCCGCCGCCGCCGCCGCCGCCGCACCCCCCCCGCUGCCGGGCUCCUCCUCGUCGCUCCCCCGGGCGCUGCGGGCGGGCCCCGGCCGGACCCCGUCCUGUCCCCUCUCGCCGGGAGCCGUCCCCUCCUUCCCGUGCCACCCUCGGCCCGCCGCAGCGCUGUCAUUGACCUCCCUCCGCUGCGGCAGCGCGGCCGCGGCUCCCGGCGCCGGCCCUGCAGAGCAUCUUGACAUGGCAAGUACCCACGCAGAAGAGCCUCUUGCUGAGGACACAGCUGACCAUGAUGCACACAUCUAUGAGGAGGUGAUGCUCUCUGAGAGGAUGGAGCACAGCCAGCGGCUGGCUGUGGAGGAGCUCAUCACCACUGAAGCCAGCUAUGUGCACAACCUCCAGCUGUGCCUGUCCGACAUCCGGGCACACCUCCAGAAGAAGCAGCUGCCUGGUCUUGACCUGGAAGGACUCUUCUCUAACAUUGAUGACAUCCUCCAUGUCUCCAGACGGUUCCUGAGGGGACUUCAGGACACUGCUACCCAGGAGCAUGAGCAGCUGCUCAGCAUCAGCACUCUGUUCCAGGAGUUCAAGGAGGAGAUGGAGAUGGUCUACAAGAUCUACUGUGCCAGCUAUGAGCACGCUCUCCUGCUGGUGGAGAGCUAUCGCAAGGACCCCAGGCUGCAGGAGGAGAUCAUGGACACCCUGACUGCGACAGUGCCUCACACGAGCGCCUCGGACCUCAGCUUCUUCCUGGUGAUGCCGGUGCAGAGAGUCACCAAAUACCCACUGCUGCUGGGCAAGAUCCUGGAGAACACCCCUGCCAACACCAGCACCCACGAGGCCCUCGCUGCAGCCGUGCGUGCCAUGACGCAGGUCAAUGCCAACAUCAACGAGUACAAACGGCGCCGGGAAGUGGCCACCAAGUACAACAAGGCUGAGCAGCUGACGCUGCGGGACCGCUUCGCCCGCCUCAACACCCACUCCAUCGCCAAGAAGACCACGCGGCUGAGCCGGCUCCUCAUGCAUGAGGCCGGCAUCGUGGCCAAGACAGAGGACAAGGAGUAUGAUGAGCUGGAAGAGAAAUUCCAGAGCGUGGCAUCCAGUGUGACUGCACUGAAGGAGAACGUGGCAUCCUACCUGCAGCACUUAGAGGCAUUCCUGCUGCCCACCCCACACAGGUGUGAGCUGCAGAUGGAGGAGGGCCCUGCCCAGCAGUACCGCCGCUUCGCAGAGCACCUCCACCGUGCUGUGUUCCCGGAGUUUAGGCGCCGGCUGGACAGGCUGGUCUGGAAGCCCCUCUGCAGACUGGCAGAGAUGCUGGUGGGGCCACAGCAGCUGGUCAAGAAGCGCCUGGACAAGCUGCUGGACUACGAGGAGAUUCAGGAGAGGAAGAGCGAGACGGGCAGCGUGACAUAUGAUGAGGAAGCGGCCAUGAACACCUACCUGGCCAUCAAUGCCCUGCUUGUGGCUGAGCUCCCGCGCUUCAACCAGGUGGCCAUGCAGCUCCUGGGACAGCUCCUGGGCUCCUUCAGCGUCCUGCAGCAGGACUUGGCCACAGAGGUUCUGCACGAGGCUAAAAAGGAAGUAGAGCAGAUGCCUCAUGGCCACAUGCUGCUGCCCGCUUUCUGGAGGAUGGUGGAGGACACCCUGCAGCAGUCAGGCGUCCAGCUCCGUACCUUCAUCCAGGCGUUUGAGACCGUCACGCCGAGCCCUCUGCUGCAGCCCCUGAACCCUGCUGAGGAGCGGAAGGUCCUUUCCCUUGUGAGCAAACACGGCCCAGACAAACUUUACCAAGUGACAAGCAACGUCAGUGGCAGCAAAGACAUGGACCUGACCUUGCAAAGGGGGCAGAUUGUGGCUCUGCUGCAAAGUGUGGAUACUAAAGGCAACACGGGCAGAUGGCUGGUGGAUGCUGGAGGUCCCCGAGGCUUUGUGCCUGCUGCCAAACUCCAGCCCUAUAGCCUGGGACCAAGCCAGCAGCCCAAGAUGCAGAUGCCAGCCCUGGAGAGUGGCACAGAGAGAAGGCGACAUUCCUAUGUGUCACCUGAAGCUCCUAAACCCCAGGUGGCCACAUUCACCCCAGCUUUCCAGGUGGUUGCUGGCUUCUCCUUCACGGCACGCAGCCCUCAGGAGCUCAGCCUGCAGGCAGGGCAGCCCGUGGUGGUGUUGGAGCCGCAUGACAAGAAGGGCAGCACCGAGUGGAGCCUGGUGGAGGUGAACGGGCAGCGGGGCUACGUGCCCUCCAGCUACCUGCUGACAGUCCCCGUGCAGGAGCCCGUGGGCUGGAGUCUGCCCGUGUGAGCAGCACCGGGCGCAGCAGCAGAAGGCUUCGUGCUGCACACGGAGGAGAGCUGUCUGCUUGGCACCCGAUGAGCUCAUUGCUGAGGGAGUGUCUGCACGGCCCUGGGCUGGGGAAGCAGCAGAAUGUGGCCCAGGGGCUGCGGGUGCACGGUUGGAGGUGGGGAGAUGUGCUUUGUGCUGCUGUGCACAAGGGCAGGAAGGUGCGAGGGUGCCACGUCCGUGUGUGUUUGCUUCUUGCUGGGCAGCACGGAGAGAAGGCUUGGGACGGAGUGACGUGUGGCUGCAGCUCGGCAGGGAUUUGUAUCGGUGAGAAAAGUGCCUGUAGUGGUGGCGAGAGAACUGUCCCUGAGUAAAUCAGGUCUGAGCUGCAAAGGCUGCAGUGCUGCGAACGGCGCUCCAGCCUGGCACGUGUCUCUUGGAGACGUGCUCUCCACAAAACGGGUGGGGUGACGCUCCCCUGUGCCCACCCACACGUCCCAGCGGCAUCUGGGCAUUGGGCUGUCCCCAAGGCCAGCGCUCUGUCACCUCUCGGCCACCGAGCCCCGCUUCUGGCCCCUGCACUGCGGUGUGGCGCUGCCGAGGCACGAGAAGCGCUCUGUGUGCCCCCGCGGCUCCUGGCUGUGACAGCACGAGACGCCCGUGCGGCCGUGGCCGUGCCCGGCUCUGUGCCCACGCGUGGGGCUGCGCGGCCGCGAGGUGGCGGAGCUGUCCCGGCACAGCUCAGCGCAGCACCGCACCGCGCAACGCCGCAGCGCUGCUCCUCCCGCCCGCGGCUCCUCCGGGAUCCUCCGUUCUCGGUCGCAUCGUGUCGAACUUCGGCGCCCGUGGACGUUCCCUGCAGAUGCUGUCCCCGGGACGUGCGCUGUUACGCGGUGUGAGGACACGGGGCACCGACAUCCCUCACUUCUCCCGUUGUGUCGCCCCAGCCGGUCGCAGCGCUGCUGCCCCGAGGCUCCGGCUGCUCCCUCGGGGUCAGCGCAGGGCGCGGGUCCCUUCCAGCCUAACCACGAGGAAGAAUAAAGGGCACAAGCGUGCCUCUAAAUAGCUCGGCAAGGACACGCUCUCCCGAGAGGAACGCUCUGGCCAGGCUGGUGGAACAUGCCUGUGCCCGGGGGGCGGCUCCUGGCCAGGUGCCCACCUCAAGGUCAGGCGUCGCCCAGAGCAGCAGCGCGGCAGCAGGGCUGUGUGUGGGGCAGCCGCUCACCGGCCUGGGGUCUCACCGUGCGCAGGGCUCCGGUGGCAGUAGAGCCGGGUGGCACUGCUGCCCACAGCCUGCCACUGGCCAGCAAGGGACUCGGCACUGGCACUGAGCCGGAGCUGAUUCAUAUCCUGGACGUGCUGGCAUUUGGAUGGUGUCCACCCAGAGGGUGCGACAACGAGGAUCAGAUCUGACCUGCUGGCCCCGGGCCGGCUUGUUUGUGUGUGAGGCGCACAGUGACCGAGGCACGGCCGGCAUCGCCGAGGGAAGAACAGCAUCCAUGCAAACCCCAAGCCUGGGUUCCCAAACCUGGGUCCGUCCCAGGGACGCAAUGCGUGGCAGGGCUGUGGUGGGCAGGGAACACAGGGCUGGGUGCAGAGCAGCUCGUGCAGCAGGAUCCCAGGACCCAAGGUACCCGCAGUGCUGCGCUGCUGGGGGGGCUGAGCCCCGCAGAUGGUGGCCACAGGGCUGGGAGAUAGGAGCACAGGCAUGAGCGGCACCGCUUGCUCCCGUCUUGCACAGCCAGCACCUGAAUUGUUUAAUAAAGUGUGAAAUUGCUUUCAUGCUCUGCUA